AUGUCGCACGGGGCGCGAGUGAUCCGUACGGGGGUGAGCAGCGGAGGGCCUGCGGGCCCGCCGACCGUCACCAUCGCCUCCUCCGCGGCGGACUCGGACGCGCAGCUGAUGGACGGUACCUAUUUCCGCUCCUGCGCCGGCAUGCUGAAGGUGGCCCAGAUGAUCUCACUGCUGAUUGGAUUCAUCUGUGUGAAUAGUUCUGCAUGGACGGAUUACAGUGCAUACAGCUACUUUCAGAUUGUCACCAUGUGUGACUUGGUGAUGAUUUUAUUCUUCUACAUUAUCCACAUUUUCAGAAUCUACAGGAUGCUCACUUGUGUUAGCUGGCCACUUGCGGAGUUUCUUCAUUAUUUAAUUGGUACAAUCCUGCUUCUUAUUGCAUCGAUUGUAGCAGCAUCCAGGAGUUACAAUAUCACUGGACUUGUGGCUGGAGCGACUUUUGGGUUCCUAGCUACAAUCCUUUGUGUUUUAAGCAUAUGGUCAUCCUACAAGGUUUCAUGUGUCACACAGUCAACGAGUUCAUCUGUAUGAUUCCUUAAUCUUGUCAAGACAUCUGCCUCACAAAAUAGGAUACCAAAGAGGAGUGCCCACUGCUAAGGAGAGAGCAUGGGUUUUGUUACAGCCUCAACAACCAGUAGCUCUUGAAGACUUAACUUGAAUGCCUAUGCAAAACAAUGUUCUGAACCAAAGUUU